AUCAAAAGGAGAAAUAAAAGAAAAAGAAAUGGGGGCAGACAUAAAGAGCAAGCUCCGCCUAGCUCUUGGGUCAAUGAAGGACCAUGCAUCCAUCGGCAAGGCCAUGAUAUACAACCACGACGGCAAAGCCUUCUCCGAUAUAGACAUCGUCGUCCUCAGAGCCACUGGCCACGAUAACGGUCCCAUCGAGGACAAAUACAUGCACGAAAUCCUCUUCCUCGUCUCCAACUCUCCGGGAUCCAUCCCUUUCCUGGCCGAAAGGAUUUCACGUCGGCUCUGCAAGACCCGAGACCACCUCGUCGCCCUCAAGACUCUCUCGCUCAUCCACCGUCUCUUGCGCGGCGGCAACCGUUGCUUCGAACGAGAGCUGCGUAACGCUCACGUCUCCGGUCAUCUCCAAAUGAGUGCCACCGCCAACUGUUUCCGCAACUCCUUGUUUUCGUUCCUACGUACCUACGCGGCGUAUCUCGAGGAACGAGUGGGUUGGGCCAUUACACAAGCCGGGAAACUCGAACCAGUUAUGUUCAAUGGCCCGGAGUUCGGAUGUUACGAGGAGAAGUCGGUCGACAUGGUGUUUCGUAAGUUGCCGAAAUGUCAGGCGUUUAUGGACAGGGUCUUGGAUUGUUCGUCGAUUGAUAUCGUGCCGCCUGCAGACAACUUGGCCCAAGCAGCCAUGGCGAACACCUUAAAAGAGAGCUUCCAAGUUUACAUUAUGUACUGCGAAGGCAUCGAGAUUCUCAUCAACAUGUUCUUCGAUUUGACGACGCCGGCCAGAACUUUGGCCUGCAACAUACUCAAGAGGGCUUCUCGACAAAGCAAAGAGCUUGCCGAUCUGUACGAAACGUGCAAACGAGUGAUGGAGAACAAGAAUCUGGAGUAUCCAAGUGUGCAGAUAAUCACCAUGGAUCACGUUUCGGCAUUGGAACAAUGCUCCAGCAUCAUGUCAACGAGUUCGUCUACGGGUAAACAAAGCGAUAAGGAAGGGGAUGAAGAUGAUACUAGUUCGUCGUCGAAUCAGUUCUCAUUCAGUCUUGAAACCAAAAUAAGCAAGGUCUGGGUUGUUUUUGACGAAGAUUACGGUGAAUUGCAGGUUCCUGUUGAUAUUGUUUAAUGGCCUUUGUCAACGCUAUUCCAAGAACAAAAUAGAUUGAUGGUAGAGAAGCUCAACUCCAUGGAUUCUCUGAAUCAAAUGAAGAUGAAUUUUAACAUUAUCCUCCAACCGGAGGUUAGAUCUCGAAGAUGCAAGAAAAUCACAAAAAGAAAAUUAUCAAGAGCUUUUGGUAGGUGCUUGCUAGUUGCUAGUGAACAAUGUUAUUGAACUUGAUUCGUUACGAUAAUUUCGUUAGAGUGAAACCGUUGUCAUGUGUUGUGAAUGGUCCUUCGACUUGCCAUAGAAACUCAUCUUUUAUGGAAUGCCAAAUUGUCAAGAAAUCCCAAAUUGAAUACCAUGGGAGGUGAAUUUGAGUAUUGCAAUAGGAUCAUAAUUCAAUUCUAUUAUAAGUUCGUAUACUAUAACUUAUUUUGUUGAAUU